GCGGGGUCUUCCGGGUGGCGCUCGCAGGCACGUCUGCUCGCUGCGGCCCGGCGCUACUACCAUGUACUGGCGCCGCGCAGCACUGCUGGGGACGCGGCUCGUCCGGAGCGGGAGCAGCUCGGCGGGCCGGCUCAAGGGGUCAGCGGGAGUUUCGGGCUCUGGGAUGGGGAACAGGACAUCGUCAUCUUUGGGAAAUGCAGCAACUACUCCCAUGAAUCAGAUCCAAGAAACCAUUUCUGAUAACUGCGUGGUGAUUUUCUCCAAAACUUCUUGUUCUUACUGUACAAUGGCAAAAAAACUUUUCCACGACAUGAAUGUUAACUAUAAAGCAGUGGAACUGGACAUGCUUGAAUACGGAAGCCAGUUUCAAGAAGCUCUUCACAAAAUGACUGGUGACAAAACCGUGCCAAGAAUAUUUGUCAAUGGAACUUUUAUUGGAGGUGCAACGGACACUCACAGGCUUCACAAAGAAGGGAAAUUGCUUCCACUAGUUCACCAGUGUUAUUUAAAAAAAAAGUUGUUUUUGGAAAGCCCCUAAGGAUGGGGGCUGGUUGCCAGGGUAACAAGCCUGGUGACUGGAAAUUUCAGCCCCACCUCCGAGCUCUGGGGUGGGGAGGACUGGAGAUGAGCUCAGUCAUCAAUGGCUAAUAAUCAGUCCUGCCUGUGUAAUGAAGCUUCUUAAAACCCAAAAGGACAGAAUUUGUGAAGCUCCCUGGUUGGUGAAAACGUGGAAAUUCAGGGAGAAUGAAGUGCCUAGAGAGGGCACGAAAGCUCUUUAUCCAUACUUUGCCCUGUGUAUCUCUUACAACUGGCUGUUCCUGAGUUAUAUGCCUUUAAAAUAAACUGGAAAUCCAGAAAGUAAAAUGUUUCUCUGAGUUCUGUGAGCUGCUCUAGCAAAGUAAUGAAACUCAAGGAGAGAGGGGGUGCUCGGAAUCCCCAGUCUCUAUGUGGUCGGUGAGAAGGACCGCUGACCGUCUGGACUUGAGAUUGGCAUCUGAAGUGAGGGCUGGAGGGGACAGUCUUGGGCUGAGCAGCUGCCCGGCUGACAGGCCAGUCCUGGAUGACCGAGGAUUAACAGGAAGAGAUUUGGAUAGGGGGCCGUAACAGAUUCUCAUGUGGAAAAGAAUCAUAAUUGGUGCUGGGGAUGAGGGUUUCAGCGUAAACUUUGGGGAGACACACUCAGUCCAUAACACCAUAAAUUGCAGCAGGAUAAAAGUAUAAUAUAAAUCUAAGGCAAAACUAGGUAUGAGGGGUUUCAGCAGCUCUGUUUUCUUUCCAGAUAUGGUCUAACCUAUGGGUUAGAAAGAAAAUAGUUACCAGUUUAACUAAGAACAAUUAAUGAUAUAUUUUUUUUUUGGCCCUCUAUUUUUAAGAUCUGAAAGACAAACUGUUUAAUAUUUUAAAAAUGGGCCAUUUGUUUUCUCAGUUUAUCACUAAUCAACUUACACAUGAAUUGUCAAAAUAUUUAAUUGGGAAGCUGAAAAGGUGCUGAGAAAAAAAGGAGUUACUUGUUUAAAUAUAGCUGGAUUUUAUUAUUUACUAAUAUUUUAAAAAAUACCAUUUGGACAAUAUUUUUUAAAGGCAAGUUUUCUUGAUAAGGUUUAAAAUAAAGUUUUUUUAAGUUUAGUUUGCGUCGUCUAUGAGGAAGUGCAUACCACUGACCUGUGGAACAAUGCAGGGGUUAGGGGCUCCAAUUCCCCACCUCAAAAAUCCAAAUGUAACUUAUAGUCAUUCCUCUGUACCCAAGGUCCUGCAUCCCCAGGUUCAACCAACCACAGACGGUGUAGUACUGUCGUAUUUAUACUGCAGUAUUUACUGUUGAAAAAAACCCACGUGUAAGUGGACCUGCACAGUUCAAACCCAUGUUCAAGGGUCACCUGUAGUUUAUCUUCCUUUCUCCAUACAAGUGUUCCCUGUCAUCUUUAAAUGGAGAACUAUAAAACUGAACAAAUGUUUAAAGUUUUGGUGGGUAUAUUCAUAUAUAACUUGUUCUCACUCUUCUUCAUAACCUAUAGCUCAGAUCUUAGAACUUUUAAUGUGAAAGUUUUACAGGGAUUCAGAGAAAAGAAAUUUCCGCAAAUUGGCACUUAAAACAUUUUUAUUUGCAUAGUUGACUUUUAGUGUUAACUUUUCUCAAAGGCAACUUUUCUAAUUUAAAAAAAAUUUUUAUUUAAGUAUAGCUGGUUUACAAUGUUGUGUUACUUUUAAGUGUACAGCAAUAUGUAUAUAGUCAUGCUUUUUGAGAUUUUUUUUUCCCUUAUGUGUUAUUACAUAUUGAGUAUAGUUCUCUAGGCUAUACAUAGGUCCUUAUUAGUUAUCUAUUCUAUAUAUAGUAUUGUGUGUAUGUUAAUCCCAAACUCCUAAUUUAUCCUUCUCCCCUCCCA